ACAUGGCUGCUGAGGAUACACCUCAAGACAUUGCUGAUAGGGAGAGAAUCUUCAAGCAUUUCGACACGAAUGGUGAUGGCAAAAUAUCAUCCUCUGAGCUUGGUGACGCCCUCAAAACCCUCGGCUCAGUCACCCCUGAUGAAGUUAGAAGGAUGAUGGCAGAGAUCGAUACUGAUGGUGAUGGUUUCAUUUCGUUUGAUGAGUUCACUGACUUGGCUCGGGCUAACCGUGGAUUGGUUAAAGAUGUUUCCAAGAUCUUCUAAGCUAGUUGAUUAACUAAAAACAUUACACUAAUGAACAUGGAAUGGUGUCUUUGGUUCUUGCAUUUUUUUUUUUGUAGUAAAUAUGCUUUUUCUUUGGUAGAAAUAUAAGGACAAGGCACUAAAAUCACAUGAUUUUCUGUAACUACAUGAAUGAAUGUCUUUACGUAGUUAUUGUAUCAUUUCUGUAAUAUUUUGAUGAAUUGCAAGGUUUCAAUCUUUUGCAUUAUUUGAUAUUAUGCAAGCGAGGAAUUGAAUCUACAUGUGAUCAUGUGACUUCAUGUCUAGUUGUAUGAAUUUUUGUAUCCUAUGU